GGCGGCCGCCGGCCGGGCCGGCUCCGCCGGGCGGCCUCUGCCGCAGACAUGGAGAAACUCAGGCUGCGCAGCCCCUGGGUGCCUUCGUGCCUCGGGCAGCCCCGCAUCCUGCAGGGCCGGCUGGCCAGGCCCUCGGCCUCGCUCUGGGACAGCGCGCUGCAGGAGCAGAAGGGCGAGCUGCGCAAGCGGCUGUCCUACACCACGCACAAGCUCGAAAAGCUCGAGACCGAGUUCGACUCCACGCGCCACUACCUGGAGAUCGAGCUGCGGCGCGCGCAGGAGGAGCUGGAGAAGGUCACGGAGAAGCUGCGCAGGAUCCAGAGCAAUUACCUGGCGCUGCAGCGAAUCAACCAGGAGCUGGAAGACAAGCUGUACCGCAUGGGCCAGCACUAUGAGGAAGAGAAGCGUGCGCUGAGCCACGAGAUCGUUGCCCUCAACAGCCACCUGCUGGAGGCCAAGGUGACCAUCGAUAAGCUGUCGGAGGACAAUGCGCUCUAUAGGAAGGACUGCAAUCUAGCGGCCCAGCUGCUACAGUGCAGCCAGACGUACGGCAGGGUCCACAAGGUGUCAGAGCUGCCCUCCGACUUCCAGGAGCGCGUGAGCCUGCACCUGGAGGAGCACGGCUGCGGCCUGCCCGCCCCGCUCUGCCACCCGGCCUACGCUGACAGCGUGCCCACCUGCGUCAUCGCCAAGGUGCUGGAGAAGCCCGACCCCGCCAGCCUGUCCUCCCGCCUGUCUGAUGCCUCGGCCCGCGACCUGGCCUUCCGCGACGGCGGGGAGAAGCCGGGCCCGCGGCCCCCCUACAAGGGGGACAUCUACUGCAGCGACACGGCCCUCUACUGCCCCGAGGAGCGGCGGCGCACCCGGCGGCCCAGCGUGGACGCGCCCGUGAGCGACGUGGGCUUCCUGCGGGCCCAGAACUCCACCGACAGCGCGGCCGAGGAGGAGGAGGAGGCCGAGGCGGCCGCCUUCCCCGCGGGCUUCCGGCACGAGGCCUUCCCGGGCUACGCGGGCUCGCUGCCCACAUCCAGCUCCUACUCCAGCUUCAGCGCCACGUCGGAGGAGAAGGAGCACGCCCAGGCCAGCACGCUGACCGCCUCGCAGCAGGCCAUCUACCUGAACAGCCGCGACGAGCUCUUCGACCGCAAGCCGCCGGCUGCCACCUACGAGGGCAGCCCGCGCUUCGCCAAGGCCGCAGCCGGCGUGGCGGCGCCCCUGGAGGCCGAGGUGGCCCCGGGGUUUGCGCGGACCAUGUCGCCGUACCCCGCCGAGUCCUUCCGCUUCCCGGCCUCCCCGGGCCCCCAGCAGGCCCUGAUGCCCCCAAACCUGUGGAGCCUGCGGGCCAAGCCGGGAACGGCCCGGCUCCCUGGGGAGGACGUGCGGGGCCAGUGGCGGCCGCUGAGCGUGGAGGACAUUGGCGCCUACUCCUACCCGGCCCCCGCCGCCGGCCGCGCCUCGCCCUGCAGCUUCUCCGAACGCUACUACGGAAGCGGCGGGGGCAGCCCGGGCAAGAAGGCCGAGGGCCGCGCCAGCCCCCUCUACGCCACCUACAAGGCCGACAGCUUCUCGGAGGGUGACGACCUCUCCCAGGGCCACCUGGCCGAGCCCCGCUUCCUCCGGGCAGGCGGCGGUGGUGGCGGCGGCGACCUGAGCCUGAGCCCCGGCCGCGGGGCCGACCCGCUGCCCGGCUACGCGCCCAGCCCGGGGGAUGCGGAGAGGCUCGGGGUGCAGCUGUGCGGAGCGGGCGGCAGCCCCGAGCCCGAGCGCAGCCCCCACAGCUCCAGGGACUCCUUGGAGCCCAGCUCCAUGGAGGCCUCCCCGGAGAUGCACCCCGCCGCCCGGCUCAGCCCCCAGCCGGCCUUCCCGCGGACUGGUGGCUCGGGGCUCAGCCGCAAAGACAGCCUCACGAAGGCCCAGCUCUACGGAACCUUGCUCAACUGAGCGCCUGCCCGCAGGCCGCGGCCGCGGGGGCCAUGCCCCCCACCCCGUCCCCGGGCCCCGAGGGCACAGCUCGCCUCUCCCCUAGACACCUGCCCUCCCCAGCCCCCGCCAACCCAACC